CCCAGCCCUCUUACCCUGCUGGACCAGGCCGGUGAGGAGCAGGUGGGCUGAGCAAGCUGGUCCUCCCACCACCCCACUGCACCCCUUCCCCACCCCUGCACUUUUAAGCUCCCCUCCCAUUGCCAGGUUUUUGUCCAGCUGGCUUUGCCCCCUGCUUUGGGGGAUUUGGGUUUUAGCCCUGAUAUUGCACUCUUUUUGCAGAGCCCUCCCCCUUCAUCCCUUUUCUCUUUGUGCUGAGCUGAAUCCUCUGGCAUGGGUGCUGUAGCGUGACAGCACCCUGGGACCUCUUUCUGCUUUACCUCUGGGGGGAACACAUGAAGUAUGAGCGCAGUGCUCCCCUAAUUCUGCUGUCACCUCACCCCCUAUCACCCACUAUGGCUUUGCUCCGGCCCUUCACCGCCCUCCUCUUCCUCACCGUGCUGCUUUCCUGGGCUGCGAGCCAGACCCCACCCUUGCCCCUCUUGCAAGCUCUGCGGGCACAAGCGCCGGGUAGCCAGGGCUGGAAGGGGGGGGCUGCCAAUGGGCAGCCCCUGCGCUACAUGCUGGAGCUGUACCGGCGUGCUGCUGACCAUGAGGGGCGGCCCCGGCGUGGCCGCAGUCUGAGCACCAACACCGUGCGCCUGGUGCAGGCGGCUUCCCGUGGGGGACAACCCUGGGCAGGUCGCUGGUACAUGCAGCCCCUCACCUACCACCUGGGAGCCCAGCCUGAAGCUGAGCACCUUCUCCGUGUCACCGUGGCCUACCCUCAGAGCCUGCCACUGCCCCGCGGCCGCCUCCUGUGUGCCGUGGAGCUGCUGCCUGCUGCCAAAGCCCCGGCGGUCCUGCUCAGCUCCACCGCCCCAUCCCUCCACGGCUGGACCGAAGCAGACAUCACCCCCUAUUUAUCCCCAGCAAAUAGCAGCUCAGGAGGGACGCUGACCCUGCGGCACAUCUGCGUGCGAGCCGGCCGAGCCACCGCAGCCAACCCAGCAUCCCCUGCAGACCCUUUCCUCCUCCUCUUCCUCAAUGACACCCGCAGCGGGACGCUACCGGAGCCUCGGCGCAGCCGGCGUGAAGCAGGGACGCUUCUCCACGACCUGCCCAGCAACCUGCAGGAUGCUGGAGGGGACAAAAGCGAUUGCUCCCUGCGCUCCUUCCCUGUCAGCUUUGCCCAGUUGGGUUGGGACCAUUGGAUCAUCGCUCCCCAUCGCUACAACCCACGUUACUGUAAAGGAGUGUGCCCACGGCUCCUCCGCAAUGGCUACCAUGCGCCCAACCAUGCCGUGGUGCAGAACUUGGUCCACCAGCUGGUGGAUGCCAGCGUCCCCCGACCCUCCUGCGUCCCCUACCGCUACAGCCCCAUCAGCGUCCUGAUGAUCCAGCAUGAUGGCAGCAUCCUCUACAAGGAGUAUGAGAACAUGAUCGCAGAGUCCUGCACCUGUCGGUAACCUGUGCCCGGAGCUGGAUUCUUUUUGGAUAUAUUUUGAUGCUUGGUGGGGUGGUUUUUGGUGGUUUUUGUUUUUUUUUUUUGAUGGGGAGGGGUUUGUCUCCACUCUGGUGCAAUGCUCUGAGGGAAAGUUUUACAGUUUUAUGGAAAACUUAUAUAGAAAAAUACGUAGGAUUUUAAAGGUGGGAGCCUGCCCUUAGCAUCCCUCUGUCCCGCACUGCUGUCUACUUGGGGGCUGGAGCAUGAAGCUGGUGGAGAGCGUGUCUCCAUGCUGUCACCUGCACCCAUAGGACUCAGUCCCAUGCACCCCAAGCCAUCUUGUCCCUGUGUAUUUUGGGGGUUCCCCCCGUUGCAGCCCCAAUCCUGGCUUUCCUUGGGAUGGCUAUGGAAACUGGUGGGACGUGGGGAUGGCAGUGUCACCCUGUUGCCUCUCCUGCUGUUCCAUGUGGGCUGGGCUCUGCUCUGAACCUGUCCUUGUUCCCAGAGGUGCUUCCCAGGCCCACAGCCUGGCUUUCCUCUAU